GGCAAAUCUUCAUCUGGCCUCAUAUCAGCUCUAGUACAUAGUCGGCCGUUGCCCAGUGAUAGCACGCCUAAACCAGAACCCCCCCUGUGCACCGGCUCUAGAAGGUCGUCUGGCUGAUUCCCGCUCCGCCCCUCCCCUUCCCUAGCGCAGUCGAGGUAUUAGUACCGUCACAUUCACAAGUGCUCUCAACACUUCUCGUCGCUCUUUAUCUCCUCAUUGCUCCAGCGCUGUUACAGCUGCUUCGUGUUGCUUGUGCCACGCUUGUCCCCUUGACGCGCAACACCCGCCAUCAGUCAGCAGCGCUAGUCCACUGCUACUGCAACCUUGCAACUUGCAUUCUCCAGCACCGCAACCACCUCCUUUGACCUUCACUCAACACCCUUACCGUCCCUCGUUAGCCACCACCCGCAGCCAUGUCAGACGAGAAGAUGAGAUCCUCGGUCGAGGCCUCGCGCGACACAGCCCUGCCUGUGCUGCCGACGGUCAACCCAGAUGCGCAGAAGCCAGCCCCCGAGGCGCCAUCCUUCCAUCCUGCAGUAUACAUUGCAACAUGGAUCUCCCUCAGUUCCAGCACAAUCGUCUUCAACAAGUACAUCUUAGAUACAGCCAAGUUCCACUACCCCAUCUUCCUCACAACAUGGCAUUUGAUCUUUGCGACCGUCAUGACCCAGAUCCUCGCCCGCUUCACCACCGUCCUCGACUCUAGGAAAAAGGUGCCCAUGACCGGACGCGUAUACCUGCGAGCCAUUGUCCCCAUCGGUAUCUUCUUCAGUAUGAGCUUGAUCUGCGGUAACCAGGCAUAUCUGUACCUGAGUGUGGCUUUCAUUCAGAUGCUCAAGGCUACUAUGCCCGUCGCUGUCCUCAUCACCACCUGGAGUCUCGGAGUUGCGCCUGUCAACCUCAAGACCCUCGGAAACGUCUCCUUCAUCGUUAUCGGUGUAGUCAUUGCCUCGCUGGGAGAGAUCAAGUUCGUCAUGAUCGGCUUCCUCUUCCAAGCCGCUGGUAUCGUCUUUGAGGCUGUCCGUCUGGUCAUGGUCCAGCGCCUUCUCAGCGGUGCCGACUUCAAAAUGGACCCGCUCGUCUCCCUCUACUACUACGCUCCUGCUUGCGCCUUCAUCAACGGUGUUAUUCUCAUGUUCACUGAGCUUCCCAAGAUGUCCAUGGCUGACAUCGACCGCGUCGGUUUGAUCACUCUGCUGGCCAAUGCAUCCGUUGCUUUCUUGCUCAACGUCUCCGUCGUCUUCUUGAUCGGCAAGACCUCCUCGCUCGUCCUUACCCUUUCAGGUGUACUCAAGGAUAUCCUCCUCGUCUUUGCGUCCAUGUUCCUCUUCAAGGACCCCGUCUCUCCUCUCCAGGCUUUCGGUUACGCCAUCGCGCUUGGCGGUCUCGUCUACUACAAGCUCGGCGGAGAGAAGCUGAAGGAGUACCUCGGCCAGGGCAGCAUGAAGUGGCAGGAAUUUGGCCACACCCGCCCGGUUCUCCGCAAGUUGAUGGUCUUCGCCGCCGUCAUCAUUGGCAUGUUCCUCGUCCUUGGCUCUCUCGGACCCCGCUACGCCCCCGACUCGACCAACCAGGUCUACAACGGCAUCGGCAAGCUCAUCGGCGACAAGGCCGUAUGAAGAACUGGUUCCUUCUAAAAUCGGUCUUGGCCAUUUUCUAGCUGGGAGUAGGCCUACUUGCAUUACGCUGGUCUACCUUGAUUUCCCUUCCCCCUUGUCGUUUUAUCUUUAGCUUGGAGCGGGCUUGGAGUGUACGGUGAUCGGUGUUUAUACGCAUAGACGAGCAGGAGCUUUCAUGCCGACGGAGCCUUCUUUGAUGCUUUUUGUGGUUUGGUACGCGACUGGUGUCGAUCGCAUGUCAGGGAGCAAUGACAGGGAAUGAUUAAGUAACAUGUUUUUGGCACAUAGAUCUUGCAGGCAUUCGCAGAAACUGCAAGCGAAAGUAUAUACUUGAGCUAUAUAAUAGUAAUGCUUGCCAUGUGAGCAU